GUAAGUAGUUAAUACUAAUGAAUUUUGUUAACUAUAUAUUGUUUUUCCCACUCGACCAUUGCUAUGCAAAUCCUCAUUUGGAGCUUCUAGAAGGAAAAAAUGUAUGAAAAAUUUAAAUGUUUUCACCCGGUAACUUUCAUGUUUGAUAAAUACGUUUAGAAAUGUGAUGAUAUCGCUAAACGACAAAAUUUGCACAGCCAGCCAUUUUAAACGAAAUCAGACCACCCAAAUACCGUAUUUGUUCAACACUUGUCAGCUACACAUUAGGCUCAAGAUUAACAAAUUUAGAAUAUAUAGAAGCCAGUGAAUGGUACUAUUUUAGUACCCUGUUUGUAGAAUUGCACAAUUUGAAGCUGCAAAUAAAAGUAUGAAAAAUACAUUUUCCAGAGCUCUACUGAUUGUAAUGACAUUGAAAAUAUGUGAAGGAAAGUCAACUUGUACACAAACAGACAACGUUUAUAGGAGUUACAGAAUUCCUAUUCCGAACGAAAGGAAUUGCUUAUCAUGUCUACAGUUUGAUUACCGAACUCAAGAGUUUCCGCGGUGGCUGUGUUCAGAUGACUCCAAUUAUUCCGAUGACAUCUUUUAUGUAAUGUAUGAAACAGUUGCUUACGGUGGACAAGAACAAGAGCUCAAAAUUGAAGCAACUAACUUCACGAGAUAUUCAAAUGAGAAUAAUUUUCAAUUCAGCAGCGUAAGGAUACUUGACAUUUCGCAAAAUAAUAUCGGAUUUAUUCCCGAAGCAUUUUUCCUUUUAUUUCCACAUGUAUGGUCAUUAGAUAUUAGCAAAAACAACCUUACGUCUAUAAGUCGAAGUGAUUUUAUAUAUUUAGAAAACUUACAGGUUUUAGAUUUGUCGUUCAAUAGAAUAACUCAUUUAUCUGAUGCGUUUGCGAAUGUUGUCGAUUUGUUUGAUAUCGACUUAAGUCAUAAUAAAAUAUCGAAUAUUCCGAAAGAUCUAUUUCAAAGUCAUAUGCAUUUAGAGAAUCUGAAUUUAAGUUACAACGAAAUGGUUCGUUUUGAGAUGGAGAUGCCAAAGUAUUCCAAGUUUAUCUUGAAUGAGCUGGAUUUAAGCUUUAAUAAAUUAGAAAACGUUAGUAUCAAUAAAGAUGUGAAACGUUUAAUUAUCAGUUAUAACAAAUUAACUGAGUUUUCCUUAAGCCUUGGCGAGAAUUUCGUCUCGUUAAAUUUAAGUCAUAAUCGACUGGUAAAAAUCGAUGACCAUUCGAUGUUAAAUGCAGUUAAUGUUGCAGAUAUAGACUUGAGUUACAAUAAAUUGCAGAGACUACCUACAGGCAGUUUUCGAAAUCAGCAGAAAUUAUCCUCUCUCGACAUUUCCAACAAUUUACUUGCUGAAAGCUCGUUUGGAUCAUACAAUAAUUGGGCGACCUUUUUUUACAGUUUCGCUAUGCUGAAGUCGGUUGAUUUAAAUAAUAAUAUGUGGAUAUGUUCAGAAUUAAAAGAUAUUAUGCAUAUGCUAAAAUCACGGUCUAUUGAUGUGAUUCAAGGAAAUGUUCAUAACAGCAGCAAUAUUUUAGGCGUAAAAUGCAUUGAAACAUACCGAAAUAAUACCAGCCGUUUUAAUGAAUCUGAAAGUGAGAUUGGCCAAACUAUUGGACUUGAUAUAUUGACUCAGGUGCUCGAAAAUAUUGAUCCACAUUUUAAAAGAUUGGAGGAAACCGUACUGAAUCACACUUCAAGUAAUUUGCAAAAAAUAAAUACCACUAUUAUUAAUAUGGAUAAUUUUAAAACGAACAUCAGUACAGUAAUUAAUGAUAUUUUGGCAAAUAUCAGUAAAACAAAUGUUUUUUUUGAAAAUUUUCCAUCAAAUAAUAGCAGUAUAACAAAUAAUGAAAAAAUAGACUAUCAGUUUAUUAAAGACAGGGUUGCAAAUGUGGAAGAACAAAUUAAAAGUAUUGCUGCAUAUCAACAGAACUCGGAAAAAGUCGUUCAUCCAAACUCUGAAACUGCGGACAAAAUUCUGGCAGAAUUGUGGUCGCGACUCGUAAAAAAUAUGACACAACUAAGCCCAAAAACCACAGACUCGGAAAUUAGUGGGGCAAAAAAUACUGCAAAAUUAACGGUUCACUCUGAUAAACAGGUAGCUGAAUCUAAAGAAAUUUUGGAAAGAAUCAGUGAAGGUACAAAUGCUGUUUCGGGAAUGGUAGUUCAGAACUUGUUAUUAUCAUUCAUUCUCGGUGCACUAUUAUAUAACUUAUUCAUCAAAAUUAAAGGAAAGAGGCGAAAUGCCCCUCGAGAUGAACUCAAUUUGGUUCAAGCAUGAUUCGCUUGUUGUUUGGCACGACAAAGUAUUAUUUAAACAACAAUGCUUUUGUGUAUCCCUGAUUGAAUGCGUAGAUCUUGUAACACAAACACAUGGUGUUCCACACGGCCAUAACAGCUAAAAUAAGUGAUUUUAGUGAUUAAUAUUCUAAAGUGUUUCUGAAUUAAAUUUUAAUUAAUUGUUGAUGUUAUCCUGAUAUCAGUUAUUAUAUUAUUGAACGGAAAUGUAUUUUUUUCAAAAAUCAUUUUAGGACUUGAGUUCUGUACAAAAUAAGCUUUUCAUGUGUAGUCGAAUCUUGACCACUUUUCUUGUUCGACCAGCCAACUUUAUUUAGUAGCGGUGUGAUCAUAUCAUGGAUUCAAAGGAAGAAACUUGAUAAUUCUUGCUUCUUCGAAAACGGCAAUGACAGAACAUUUUUGUGGAAUAUUCCACACAUUUUUUACCACGUUUCCGUCGUUUGAAUCCUUUAUUAAAGCGAGCUUUAUUUUUCCACGAGUCACUUCAUUCUCUCACGCAUCUCUUAUUCAUCGUCAUACUAUCCCCAAUACUCUUCAAAUUAGUGUUAAAAACUCCGUUUCUGUUGAAAUAAUCCCACAUCCAUUUGCUGGCUUAAGCUCAGGCGAUGUUAAUGGACAAUAAAUGUCUGGACAAAUCCUCAACUGCCUGGGAAAUGUGCAAAACUGGUCCAUUCUACAUAUUUCCCAUUGGUUCGGGUUCGAGUCUCUUAUAAAAUUGCGUAAACUUUCAACAUUUGCCAGUAUCAUUCACCACAACAGUUGGAGAUGCAAUCUGAAAUUCUAUUUUCUUGAGCAAUUUUAUAUCCUGAAUGAAAUUACGUGUAACUCCUCAUCGAACGGUUUCGUUUUGUCAUUAGCCGUAUUUACUCCAUUAUUGGGAGAGAAAUAGGGCUUCUCUGUCCGUAAAAUACUAGACAUUCUCAAUUUCCAUCUGCGCUUAUAUUUGUAAUCAACACUCCUACCUGAAAACAAAAUCUGCAUUUUGUCCAAACUUCAAUAGCAAUUUUUUAGAGUGCCUUCAAAAGUUCUUCCGUAAAAUAUUCCAAACCAUCGCAUUGGUAAUUGGUGCUGAUUCCUAGCGGAUUCGUAUCGGCCUCAAUCUGAUUUUUCUGAAGAACUUUUGGAACUUCAAGAUUAUUACUUUUUCGGUCGUCAGAUGCUGUUUGUAUAAAUUCUCUAAUAAAACUGGACCUGCUCUCAAUCCCAUUUUCAUAUACAACAUUUUUUCAGGUUCAUAUUGGUAUUGCUACAUUAUUAUUGUAUUUAUUUUGGGAACAAUGGUUGUCCAUAUAAGCAACAGGUUUUCAUUUACUUUUGUUAUUAAUUUGAAUUGUUAUGUAUAUUUUGAAUAAUCCAAAAAUUGGCCGUAACAAUUCAUGUAGCAUUUUAUCUGGAACACCCUGUUUGUGCUAUAUCUUUUUACUUUCUUCGAAAUGAUUUACACGCUGUAUUCAGCUUCUGCUAAUACUUCAUUGCAAUUUAUAACGCCAUUCGCUUACCCUGGCUACUGAAUGUGUUUUUUUGUAAAUUAAAUUUUAUAGAAUUACAAACAUUUGUGUAACGUUUGCUUUUAGCUAGGACUCAUGUAUGUUUUUAUAUUAUAUGUUAUAUUAAAUAAGAUGUGGCUCAGAUGUAAAGCUAUAAUAAGUAAUAUUGUUUAUAAUGUAGCGUUUUAUAGAAGCAAUAAAAUUAGUCUUCUUAUUUAAAAAA